AUGCAUCGACUUUUUGCUGAGAUGGAGCCAUCUCUAACCAUCACCGAGCGAAACCUGGCAGACCGAGUUCGGUAUAUCUUGCGCUCAAAUACAUUUGAUGUCACCGGACUCGAACGGCUACGACGUGAGGCUGGUCCUCCAUCGGGUGAAAAUGCUGCGGCUGAGGAUGCGGUGCCACAACUUUCUGAGCAAACGGCAAACGUGGAUGCCUCCGUGAAUACCCUAGUUGUGGUUGAUUCAAACGAUGAUGGAACAGUCGCCCAGGAACUAGAGCAAAUAAGGAGUACAAUGGAAGAGGCGAUUGUGGAAACGCGCAGAACGUCUCUCGAAAACCGACCGCGACUUCGCCGCAUAGCCUUAAGCAAGCGGAAUCGGGCUGUCGUGAGGGCUCUGAACCCAAUGCUGGUUACCUAUUUGGAAGCCAGCCGGGACCUUUGUGAGACGGACUCAAUUCUUUUUGGCGCCGUACUGGCAGUCUGCGGCCAAACUUUCCACGGCUGGACGCGCUACUGGACAAAAUAG